AUGACCUCUUUAACGGUAACUGCGUACACACGUACGUUUAUUCAUUACUACCAACUAAUUACUAUUAAUCAUAAUGCAAUUCUUCGAUUGGUGACAAACAUUGAUCAUGAUGAAGAUCCAGAAGAAUUUGUUGCAAAACAAACGCAACCAGAAGACAAAUCAAAAAAGUCCACGAAAGAUUCGAAAACAGCUACUAGCGCUACAACUAGAAAAACAAGCGCUAAAACGACAACAACUAGUAGUGCAACAAAUGAAACUGCUAAUACAACAAGAACAAACAAAGAAAAUUUCACGGGAAAGUCAACAACGAAUGUUCACCGAGGAGGACAACAAUCAAAUGUCUUGAGUGAUAAUGUCAAUCAACAAACACGUAUUGACAGUGGACGAGGUGGCGGUCGUGGUUUCUCUAGAAGAGGUACCGGUCAAGAUCGACCAGCGUAUGAAGGUGGCAGUCGGGGCGGUGGGCCGCACCGUUCCCAGCGUUUUCAACGGUUCGAAGGACAACAAGGAUCACAUGAAGCUCGUAGUUUCGAACAAACGGGCGAAGUUGGUGAAGGCGGAAAUAAUAACCAACGAUUUGGUGGUUAUCAAGGACGUGGGCGCGGCGGUGAUCGUGGUCGUGGGUCGCGUGGAACAUUCUACAACCGUAACUUUGAAGGAGGUCGCGGCCGCGGUCGUGGUGGCCGUGGUUAUUUCAAUAAUCGAAACGCUGAUGAAAGUUCACAACAACAACAACAACAACAGCCACAAACACAAGACAUUAGUCAAUGGCAGCCUAAUACUGAUUCAACCUCUGAAAACGCCAGUGCUGAACCAGCUAAGACUACCGGCCAAGAAUUCGAUGCUGAUCAAACAGUACAAGAUCGAUCAUUGGAACCAGAUGGAGUGCGUCGAGGCGGUCGUGGACAUUUUCGUGCUCGUACAUUUCGCAGUAACCGUAAUUUUGAUCAAGAUCGUCAAUAUCAACAUGAUCAAGAAGGUGGUCAAGAAGAAUACCGUCGUAAUCGUCGUCAACAUGAUCGCCAACCGCGUUCAUAUACUUCAGGUGUUAAACCUGUCGAGAAGAAAGAUGGUGAAGGUGCUCACAACUGGGGUAACGCUGCUGAAAUACCUGAUGUAGAACAAGCAGCCGAUGACUCGAAUGAAACAGCAGACCAAGCAGCGUCAACAUCGAAAAAUUGGUCCGAUCAAGUCGACGAAGCCGAGAAAAAACAACUAACAUUGGACGAAUACAAAAAACAAAUAGAAGAAAAGAAACGAUUACAUCAAGAAAAGUUACCGCAAUUCAAUCCUCGUGCUGCAGGUGAAGGCGAAGAUCCCAAAAAUUGGCAGUUCAAACAUGAGUAUCGAAAGAAGAAUGAUAAUGAGGAUUCAGAAGAAGAAGCAGAAGAAGGAAGCGGUACUGAAGAAGAAGAAAAUGAAGAUGAAGAUGAACACGUUAGUGGAAAGAAAAGACUUAUUACAAUUCCACUUCAUUUCAAUCCAACCGAAUUGUCACGUGGCGGUUCAUUUGGGCCCAGAGGUGGACCACGCCGAGGUGGCCGUUAUCGUGAUCGACCAUAUCGGGAUGAUCAACAACGAUCUAAAUCGCCAAACCAACAACAAUCACCAACAUUUGAACAGACCGAUGAAAAUCGUUUUGACGAUCAACAACAAAAGCCAUAUCGUGGUGGUGCAAGACAAGGGCCUGGCCGUACUGAAUAUCGACGACCAUACGGAAAUUCUGCUCGUGGAUCGCGCGGCGGAUAUAAUCGAUCUCAUGCCAACCCUAAUACACCUGAUUUCCACAAUACUCUCGAUUUCCCAACUCUUCCAAAACAAUAA